AUGGCCUUGGUGACUCUUUGGGUGGUGGAGCCUCUUCUUCUCGUCCUACCAAUGAUUCAUAGAGGAGAAGCGGCGGAGGGACUGAAGCUGGAGUUCCGGAAAAGCCCCUGUGACGGGGUGGUGCAGGUCCAGCAUGAGGGAGAGUGGGGCUCGGUGUGCAGCGACGACUGGACUCUGGCCGAGGCGUCCGUGGUCUGCAGGCAGAUGGACUGCGGGGCCGCCGUCGGGGCCCCCAAGUACGUCCCAUUGCCCGGGGAGAACGUCCAGCCCUGGCUUCACGGCGUGUCCUGCCGGGGCAAUGAGUCGUCCUUCUGGAACUGCAGCCUGGGAGAAUGGAGUCGGAAGAACUGCUCCUUUCCGUGGGUGGUGGUCGCCCUCUGCUCAAAAGGCACUUUUGUUGAAAUCAGGCUGGUGAAGGGGAAGAGCCCUUGCGCCGGGAUCCCUGAGAUCAGAAACAAGGAUGGAAAGGACCGUCUCUGUGGCCUUUAUAUGGAAGAAGCCACAGUGUUUUGCCAAGAAUUGAGGUGUGGACCUGCUAUUCAAGCACCCGUCGAGGGCCUGGGGGUGGUCAACAAGUACAUGACCUGUAAGGGGACUGAGCCGACCAUCCGGAACUGUCGGCUGAACAACAAUUUCCGAACGGGCUGCCAUCGCGAGGCUGAAGUCAUCUGUGCAGGGCACCGGGAGGUGCGCCUGGUGGGCGGUGAGCACCCUUGCGCGGGGCGCCUGGAGGUGCGGCGGGGCCUGGAGUGGGGCACGGUCUGCCACUCGGAUCUGGACCUGGCCACGGCCCACGUGGUCUGCCGGGAGCUGCGCUGCGGAGCCGCCGUGUCCACACUGGCGGUCGCUGGCUUCGGCCGGGGGACGGGCCCGCCGGGGACCCAGGAGACCUUCCGCUGCCGAGGGAACGAGUCUCUCCUUUUCCACUGCCCCCGCGGGCCUGCGCGGACGGAGCCCUGCUCCCACAGCCGGGAUGCCGCCAUCCGCUGCUCAGAGUACAGGCUGACCAACGGCAGCACCCGCUGCGAGGGGAGAGUGGAGCUGCAAGUUGGGGGGUCUUGGGGCUCCUUGUGCGCCGCCCACUGGGACCUGGCGGACGCCCACGUCCUCUGCCGCCAGCUGGACUGCGGGCCGGCGCUGAUGAUCACGAGUGGAGCGUCCUUCGGGAUGGGAGACGGCCCCACCUUGACCGAUGCCUUUCACUGCAUGGGGACCGAGCCCCAUCUGUGGAACUGCCCUCGGAGUGCCCUGGGAGCCGCUGCCUGCCCGCCCGACCAUAUGGCCUACGCCGUCUGCUCCGGUUCGGCGGAGGCGCUGCGGCUGCAGGGCGGGCAGAGCCGGUGUGACGGCCGCGUGGAGAUCUCCCUGCGGGGCGUCUGGAGCAGGAUCGUGGCCGAGGCCUGGGGCCUGGCCGAGGCUGGGGUCGUGUGCCGCCAGCUGCGCUGCGGAGAGGCCCGGAGAGCCUACAGCCUCGAUCUGACAGCCCGUGGUCCAGAAGUCACCCCCGUGGGGCUCACCGCCGUCACCUGUGCAGGGAACGAGACCCGUCUGACCCAGUGUCACGUCUCCAGCCUCCCUCUGCCUCCUGUGGGGAUGGCCUGGGAUGUGGGUGUGGUCUGCUCAGGUGACGAAGGCCUGCGUCUGGCAGGCGGUCCUGGGCGCUGUGCCGGGAGGGUGGAGGUGCUCCAUGACGGGCACUGGGGGACGGUCUGCGACGACUCCUGGGACCUGGCGGAUGCCCAGGUGGUCUGCCGGCAACUGAGCUGCGGUGUGGCCCUCGGGGCUCCUGCCUCCACCGGGCACAGGGCCGGGAAAGGGCCCAUCUGGCUGGAUGACCUGGGCUGCACGGGGAACGAGUCUCUCCUCUGGCAGUGCCCCUCUGCGGGCUGGGGCCGGCACGACUGCCGACACAAGGAGGACGUCGGCGUUCUCUGCUCCGAGUUCACAGAAGUGCGGCUUGCUGGCGGUUCCUGGGCUUGUACUGGGCGGCUGGAGGUUUUCUACAACGGGACAUGGGGAAGCGUGUGCCAUAACUCCCUGACAGAUGUCUCCCUCACCGUGAUAUGCAAACAGCUGCAAUGUGGAGCCCGAGGGCAGGUGUUGCCCACACCGAAAAACGAUGAAGAAUACAAUCUGACUUGGGUGGACCACAUCGAAUGCCGGGAGCAGCACCACAUCUCUCUGUGGCAGUGCCCUUCCACCCCUUGGAAUGAGGAGUCGUGCCCCAACACGGAAAAAGCCUGGAUCAGUUGCCAAGAAGAGAGAGAUGAAAAAAACGAAAAGCUGGUAGAGACCCUUAAAUGCUCAGAAUUCAACAACUGCACAGCACAGGAGAAGGUGCGCGUGCAGGGCGGCGAGGACGGCUGCUCGGGGCGCGUGGAGGUGUGGCACGGCGGAUCCUGGGGCACGGUGUGCGACGACGCCUGGGACCUGGUGGACGCCUAUGUCGUGUGCCGACAGCUGGGCUGCGGAGAGGCGCUGGCAGCCCCAGGACAGGCGGCCUUCGGUCCGGGAACGGGCACCGUCUGGCUAGAUGAGGUCCAGUGCCUGGGCAGUGAGACCUCUCUCUGGGACUGUCCGGCCGCCCCCUGGGGCCACACUGACUGUGGCCAUAAGGAAGAUGCUGCUGUCAACUGUUCCGGUCAGAGGCCAAGCCCAACCUCAACAACUAAAACAGACCCCAGCCCGUCUUCUCCGACUGUCUGCAAGGGAGUGGCCACACAUGUGGCCAUCUGCUGGGUGUUUGGGACCCUUCUCUGCUUCACUUCAGUGCUUCUAGGGGUUCAGAUGUGGAGCAGAAGAGGACAACACGCUGUUUCCAACAGAGACAAGCAUUCCUUCUCAGACGGUGUCUAUGAAGAUCUCACUAAUAUCCCGUUGGAGGAGAAGUAUGAGGAGAUCGAAGACUUUGAAGACAACCCACCAGGGGAGCCAUACGAUGAUACUGAGGAGUUUGGUGACCAGCUAACCGAGAAGGAGGCCAGCCCAUUGGCAGGUUGGACUUCACAAUCCCUGGAGGGAGUCGUCCCAUCUGGAGUGAAAGAAGAAUUCCUAUCACUGCCUCCUGGUUAUGAUGAUGUUGAAUUCCAUAACUUGGGGAUGGAGGCUGAGAAUCCAGCUCAGAAAACUCUGGAUGGCAUCGCCAUCAACCUCCACUGGGAUUCAUCUCUGCGCUCUCCUACAGCAAAAAAGUUCUGCCCAGGGAUACUGGCAGAAUGCCUCUUGUCGGGUUGGAGAUCCCAUGAGUGGGUGUUAAGUGCCUUGCUGUGGAGGAGAGAAGCCAGAAGCCAGGCCAGGAUGACUAUUAAGGUCUUUAUCUGCUCUCUGAUUCUGUCGCUCCUCCUCCCGAUCAUCUGGACCAUCCCUAUGGACGGGUCCUACUCCCGGGUGCGCCUGGUGGGCAGAGGCAGCCCCUGUGCAGGGACCCCCCAGCUCCAGGAGAGGACGUCGUGGCUGCCCUUAUGUGGGCUCCAGAGGGAGGAGGCCGAGGUGCUCUGCAGGCAGCUGGGCUGCGGCUCAGUCCUCCACGCCUCCAGCAUCGAUGGGCAGAGGGAAGGCUCCAUGCCCAUCGGGAAGAAGUUCGUCACCUGCAACGGAACCAAGUCCACCAUCUUCAACUGCAAAGUAAACCACAAUUGGUCGGGCCACUGUGACCCUAGGGCAGAGGUGAUCUGUUCAGGGCACCGGGAGGUGCGCCUGGUGGGCGGGGAUCACCGGUGUGCAGGGCGCCUGGAGGUGAGGCGGGGCCUGGAGUGGGGCACGGUCUGCCAGUCGGACCUGGACCUGGCCACGGCCCACGUGGUCUGCCGGGAGCUGCAUUGCGGAGCUGCCGUAUCCAUGCUGAGGGACACUGGCUUCGGCCAGGGGCCGGGCCCGCUGUGGACCCAGGAGACCUUCCGCUGCCAAGGGAAUGAGUCUCUCCUGUUCCACUGCCCCCGCGGGCCCACGCGGAUGGAGCCCUGCUCCCACAGCCGGGAUGCCACCGUCCGCUGCUCAGAGUACAGGCUGGUGAACGGCAGCAGCCGCUGCAAGGGGCGAGUGGAGCUGCAGGUUGGGGGGUCUUGGGGCUCCCUGUGCGCCACCCACUGGGACCUGGCAGAUGCCCAUGUCCUCUGCCGCCAGCUGGGAUGUGGGCCGGCACUGGCGACCACGGGCAGAGCAUCCUUCGGGGUGGGAGAUGGCCCUGCCUGGACCGACGCCUUUCACUGUGCGGGGACGGAGCCUCAUCUGUGGAACUGCCCAGGCAGUGCCCUGGGAGCCGCCGCCUGCCCUCCCAACCACGUGGCCACUGCCAUCUGCUCCGGUGAGUCAGCGGAGACGCUGCGGCUGCAGGGUGGGCAGAGCCGGUGUGACGGCCGCGUAGAGAUCUCCCUGAGGGGCGUCUGGGGCCGGAUCGUGGCUGAGGCCUGGGGCCUGGCGGAGGCCGGGGUGGUGUGCCGACAGCUGCGCUGCGGAGAGGCCCAGAGAGCCUACAACCUUGAUCCGGUGGCCCACGGCCCAGAGAUGACCACUGGCCCAGAGGUGACCAGCGGGACAGAGGUGGCCCCCAGCCCAGAGGUGACCCCCGUGGGACUCAUUGCCAAUGGCUGCACUGGGAAUGAGUCUCACCUGACCCAGUGCCGUGUCUCCACCCCCCUGCCUCCUCUUGUGGGGACGGCCUGGGACGUGGGCAUCAUCUGCUCUGAGAGCGAAGGCCUGCGUCUGGCAGGCGACCUGGGCCGCUGCGCCGGGCGGGUGGAGGUGCUCCACGAUGGGCGCUGGGGGACGGUCUGCGAUGACUCCUGGGACCUGGCGGACGCCCAGGUGGUCUGCCGGCAGCUGAGCUGUGGUGUGGCCCUCGGGGUCCUCGCCUCAGCUGGGCACGGAGUCGGGACGGGGCCCAUCUGGCUGGAUGAGCUGGGCUGCGCGGGAAACGAGUCUCGCCUCUGGCAGUGCCCUUCCAUGGGCUGGGGCCGGCACGACUGCCACCACAAGGAGGACGCCGGUGUUCUCUGCUCAGAAUUCACAGCUGUGCAGCUGGUCAGCAACAGCCACCUUUGCGCCGGGCGGCUGGAGGUCUUCUACAAUGGGAUGUGGGGCAGCGUGUGUGGCGCGAACCUGAGCGAUGACUCGCUGGAGACCGUGUGCCAGCACCUGGGCUGCGGAGAGAGUGGCCGGCAGGACUGGAGCUCCUCUUCGGGGACUGGGCCGGGAUGGUCCUGGCUGGAUGGCAUCCUCUGCCGGGAACAGCUCAAUGUGUCCCUAUGGUAUUGCCCCUCUCCGUCUUGGCACUGGCACGCCUGCCCUCCGGGAGACGAGGUCCAGAUCUGGUGUGCAGGAAAGACAGAGAAACCACUUGGAAAAGCUGGAGAGGCCCUGAACUGCUCCGACUCCGAAAACUGCACAGCACAGGAGAAAGUGCGUGUGCGGGGCGGUGAGGACGGCUGCUCGGGGCGCGUGGAAGUGUGGCACAGAGGGUCCUGGGGUACGGUGUGUGACGACGCCUGGGACCUGGCAGACGCCCACGUCGUGUGCCGACAGCUGGGCUGUGGAGAGGCACUGGCAGCUCCGGGAGGGGCGGCCUUCGGCCCUGGGACGGGCACCGUCUGGCUGGACGAGGUCCGGUGCCGGGGCAGUGAGGCCUCUCUCUGGGACUGUCCGGCCAACCCCUGGGGCCAAGCCGACUGUGGCCACAAGGAAGAUGCUGCCGUCAACUGUUCUGGUGGAAUCCAGUUGAAAGCAUCCCCCAAAACAGGCCUCAGUGCAUUCCCUCCAGUCAUCCAAGAGAUACUCUCGUCCCCCUGGAUUGCCUCCAUUGUUCUGGGAACCCUUCUCUGCCUCCUCCUCGCAUACCUGGCGAUUCAGACAUGGAGGACAAAUAUCCCAAACAGUGUCUCUGAAAUCUGUGAUGAAAGUUUUCAAAUUAGCCACUCGAGAGGGCUUUACAAAGAGAACCAGGAGUUGAAGAAUUACCUGAUGGAAGAGGAAAAAAAGGAGAAUAUUGGCAAGGGGGCCAAAGAGGAGAAGCCAUUGACUAGUGGCUCAGUAUUCCUGACUGGGCUGGCAAAUAUCCAGGAGGAUGACUACGAUGACUCUGGAAGUGUCCUAGUCUCUCUUGGUGAGCUUCGUUCACCCCUGAAGCAACAGGGAAAGCACCUGGAGGAAAAGAACUAAAUUGACAGGUUGGAUUCCAAGUCUCCUGGGACAGUGAAAAGGGACUGAUGAUGACGAUAAAGAAUCCUGGGUCAGUCAGUUGUCUCUGGAAAAUAUCAACAAAACAUUGAGUGAAACUGUGAAAAUACCCCUCCCACUGUCCAUUUGUUCUAACAUUCUCGCUAAUAUCUUCAGGUUCUGCAUCUGUGCUUCUUCCUAAAUAAAUCCUCUGAAAGAACUUC